AAUUUCGGAUUAUAGAUAGAAGCUUCUCAGAACGAUGAUAGGGGCAGGAGUUGACCCCUUCUGAGAAAGCAUUGGAAGGUCAACAAGAUCUAGCAUCCAGUAGCAGUCCUACGAUCAUUGUCUACGACAAAGCCUUCUGUGAAAUUGUCGGCUUGUCUCCAAGUCUAGAUUGUGUUAUGGAAGCUGAGUUACCUUUCGCGCAUGAAGCCGGUGUCUACUUCCCAGAUCAGGACUCGCUAUUUGUCACCAGCAACAGGUGCAAGAUACAGGAGAUUGAUGACGACGCGAUUAUGAUUCACAAGCUCGUGCGAGAGCGAGAUGGCAAAUGGACGAAGAGCAAGAUCGACGCCGACAUACCCAUGGCCAAUGGUGGUGUCAAUUACCUGAAUGGUGUCCUCUUUUGCGCUCAAGGUCACCAUUCGACCAAAGGUGGGCUCGUACUUAUGGAUGCAAGGCCUCCGUACAGGGUCCAGACGCUUGUAAACAGCUAUCACGGACGAAGGUUCAACUCGUUGAACGAUGUCGUGAUCAAAUCGGAUGGAUCAGUCUGGUUCACCGAUCCGGUCUAUGGCUCGGAGCAAGGCUUUUGCCCAAAGCCGCAGUUACCAAAUCAGCUCUAUCGCUUCGAACCAGAUACCGGUAACAUCAGAGCUGUUGCCGAUGGGUUUGGGCGACCGAAUGGACUUUGCUUCUCACCAGACGAGCAAACUCUCUAUGUCACCGACACGGAUUGGGUCCACGGCGACGGAACCAUAGAUGAUACCCGUGCCUCUACCAUCUACGCGUUCGAUGUCAUCCAACGCUCAGGGGCCGACUUUCUUGCAAAUCGUCGGGUGUUUGCAAUGGCAGAUACAGGCAUUCCAGACGGUAUUAAAUGCGAUACGGUUGGAAAUGUUUUCUCUGGGUGUGGAGAUGGUCUCAAUGUCUGGAGUGCUGGAGGCACUUUGAUCGGCAAGAUCCUGGUACCCGGUGGUGUGGCAAACUUCUGCUUCGGCCGCAGUGGGGAGUUGUUCUUGCUAAACGAAACAAAGUUUUGGGUCGCAAAGAUAGCGUCCUCGAUCAGGGGGGCUCUACUGGAAGGCAUGGGUAUCGGUUGUGAUGAGUCUAAACAGAAGUAGUAGCGUACCUAUACAAUGUUGAGAGCCAACGUCUGCUUCGACAUGACUUUGACUCGUUGCCUCAUUGUAGUUUUUCUUGCAGCAAUGUGCUUCGAGCCCGUCGCUAAUUCUGAGUACUGGCUACCAGAAAGCUCUAGCUGGCAUACCGAGUUUUGAAAUCGGAUAUGGUUGCACAAAAAGGCUUGGGUAAAAUCACAUGUUUGAUUGGAA